AUGUCAAAAGCCUGGUUCACCGCCUCUCCCACCAGCACCAAGAGCUGCAGCGGCUCCGGUAAGGACCCCGAGGCGGCAGCAGCGUGUGCCGCCUCGGUCGCGGGUCAGGCGCGCCCGGUAUUGGCUUCUGCCGUGCUGCCCACCACCAACACUGCCUCGGAGAGCAAGGCCAGCCCUGCGGGGACGGCAGGGGGACCCGGGGCUGGAGCCGCUACUAGGGCCACCGGCCCCAUGGCAUCGCGAGCCAGGGAGCCUGCCGAGAGGCGGCCUGGGCAGGCCUCGGUGGCAGCGGGCGGCAGGGCUCAUCCCGAAGGGGCAAUGUCUAAGGGGGUUUAUGCGCUGCCGAGCAAGGCCAACCGAGAAGUGAAGCCCGUAGCGUCCAGCACGCCUCUGGCGGACCUCUUGAUGCAGCUGGAGGAUUACACUCCUACGAUCCCGGAUGCAGUGACUGGUUAUUACCUGAACCGUGCUGGCUUUGAAGCUUCAGACCCACGCAUAAUUCGGCUCAUCUCACUAGCUGCCCAGAAGUUCAUCUCAGAUAUUGCCAACGAUGCCCUACAGCACUGCAAAAUGAAGGCCGCCGCCUCUGGCAGCUCUCCGAGCAAGAGGAAGGACAGCAAGUACACCCUUACCAUGGAGGACUUGACCCCUGCCCUCAGAGAAUAUGGUAUCGAGGUGAAGAAGCCGCACUACUUCACCUGA